AUGCCAAUCAACAUUCCACUCUUGACAAUCCCACUCUACUAUGUCCUCGCCGCCAUCCCACAUGGCUACGCCAUGGCCAAGAUAACUGGCGGCGACUUGUCCAAAGCCGACAACUGCAACCCCCACGGCAUGGCAACCCAAGAGAAACUCAAGAAGCUCGUCGGCCCUCGCGAGUUCGCAGCAUUCGAGCGUGCCGAAUCAUGUCACCGCAACGCCUUGGAGAACAUGCCGCUGUUCGUUGCCGCCAUCUUUGCUGGUUGCUUAGCGGAGUGGAGAGCGGGUGCGGGCGCAACGGGAGUGACGACCUUCUCGAUUGUGUGGAUGGCGCUGAGGACGGCGUAUACGAUCAACUAUAUCGUAGUCGAAACGAGGAAGUGGGCAUUCGUCCGGAGUCUGAUCUACUUCAUCACCACCUUCUGGGCGUUCGCGGUGAUUAUUCGAGCGGCGAUCGUGUUCGGGAAUUAG